AUGACUACUUAUGUCGCGACUGUUAUGGCCCAGUGUAUCAUGCGCAGUCUGUCGUGGCUAGCUCCUUCAAGUUACUAUAGCUACUGGACAUUGCUACACCAUACACCCAUGGACUCGGGUCCGCCCAACAUCGACAAGCCCGCAUCCGAAACUCCAAAGACGCCAGAGAUGCGCAACGACAGUUUCGAAGUCAACAUGCCGUCCGGCGAUGUAGACUUGACUGGCAGAAAGACACGAGGCAGUAUCGCCAGCGACAGCUCAGAAGACCCACUGGACUCCCUGGUCGGCAGCCCAACAUUGCCGUUUCUUGCCUACGGUCGCAGGCGUAGCUCUUUCAUUAGCCCCUUCCAGAUCAACAAAGCUCGCUAUCUCUUGAGCUUUGCUGAUGCAGAAACUGCCCAGGAGUGGUGGACGUUGAUGCAAUCAGAGUAUCCCGAUACUCUGCGCGAAAGUCCCAAUCUCUUCUCGUUCAAGAGCGACCGUACUCCCAUCAAGGCGUGGGGGAACCCAAAGUUUGCGCAUCUGAGUGACAAGUGGUCGUACCGCCAAACCGACGGGAAGGACGACAAAGUCACACACCAGCAACCGAUCGCAUCGCAUAGACGCAUCUCAUCAGCUCGCACGCCUCUGAUGCCCACAGUGAGCGAGGGUCAUGUGUUUGGAGCACUAGAAAGACUCGAUAGACUCGAGGAUCCUUUUACGCCAGCUGGCGCAAACAACACGGAGUUUGCCCAGCUGAAUCUGGCUUCCGAUCACAUUCAAAAAUCCGUCAGCCAGUCAACCUUGCAGCUAGACGCAUUACUCGAAGGCCAACAAGCCAGUGCCCGAGGCUUCCAAAAGCUGUCCACAACGAUAGAGCGCAUGACCCAGCAGAUGGAAGCGCUAGCCCGCAGACAACAGGACCACGAGAUAGUGCUUCGCGAACUCACAGCAGCCGCGACAGCCAACAAUGCCGCCAGCGAUGUCCAAUACCGACAUCAACAAGCUGCUGCCCUCCAAUCCCUGCAAUCCGUCAUUGAAGAAACCUGUUCGCGUGUCCAGGAACUCUAUCUCAAACCCCCUCCCACCCCAGGUCCAAACCACGAGAUUCUGCAUGAAUUGCAAGAAGAAGUUUCACAGACUUCUACUUUGCUCAGGGACCUCUACAACCGUCCAUUGCCAGAAAGCGACGGUGCCGCCCAAACAGAAAGCAUCCAGAAACUCCAAAGACAGCUUUUGCAAAACACAAAAGCCAUUCGCGCAUUGUCAGACCGCCCAGAACCGAUUCCCAACACCGAGACAUUGCAAAAACUGCAGAAGGAAGCAUCCCAGACCACGGCCAUUCUACGCGGAAUCACAGACCGCUUGGCCGCAGCAGCGAACACACCACCAGCGCCAGUAUCAGCACCAAACACCGAGCUCCUCCAGCAACUCCAAAAAGACAUGACCACCAGCACAACCCUCCUCCAAGCCCUCUCGAGCGAGCAAAGGACAACAAAGAAACAUCUCUCAACCCUCCACUCCACCCUCGACACCACCACCCUCACCCAAAAAGCCCUGGCUACACAACUGAAACAAACCCACACCCUAGCACAAAACACCCAAACCUCCCUCUUCCACCUAACCUCUGCCCAAGAAACCAGAUUCGCAGCUCUAGAAGCCAAGAUGGACAGACAAACACAGCAAAUGAAGAAGACCAUGACAGUACAGUUUGAGAAACAGCAAGAGGCUUUCAAAGGACAGCUGGAUGAGAUUCUAGGGGCGGUAAAUGGAAGGAAUGUGGUCAGGAGUGCCGAGUGCGGGCAUGGGGAGGUUUUGCCGCCGCCAAAGAAGAUUGGGAGGAAGAUUGUUGGUUAUGUGUAUGAGAAGGAGUGA